GCUUGCCUCUGAUUGGCUUGGUUCAACUGGGGCUCGCAGCGUGCCGCCACGUUUCUCAUACGUAGUGGAAGACGGUGCGACGGCGACGCGACGGCGGCUGAUGGCGGCUGGACGUUUGCAGACAAUGUGCGAAACGAAGUAUUUUAUCGCGAAGUAAACACACCGUAGGCAUUUUGGAAUGCUUAUGUGGUAGAAGAGACUCGGUGGAGCGGGCAGUGUUUGCAGUAGGUUCGAUUUAAAAUGGUAACGUGCUGUGUGCCUUUCUGCCGGAACUCGGCUCGCCAGUGUUCCAAUUUUAUUCCUGUCCCCAAAAGCAAGAAGCUGCGGGCGAUAUGGGCCCAAGUUAUAUCUUCUCACUGUGGUGUGUCACCUGUCAUGUCUGCUAAGUCACACAUUUGUUCUGAACAUUUUGGAUUUGAUCAAUGGACUCGCAAAGCGCACAAGUUGAAGCCCAAUGCUGUGCCGAGGAAAUUUAAACUUUGCAUCAGUAAAUACUGUGAAGAUGUUGUGCUAUUUCAAAGCAAAGAAGCCAAAUUAGUGGGCCAUAGGACUAAGUCUGCACUACCAUGUUGUCUAUGUUUUGAUCGGUUGAGCGAAUCCGGGGUUGAGCUGAACUCAAGUGACGGGUCUUCUCAUAAACAAGGCUGCCUGUUGCAACAGUAUUACAAUGAGCAUGAUGAUCAGAAGCAGCUCAAAAUUAUGGAGUAUGCAAGAGAUAGGAAUGUUGAGCUGAGAGAACAGAUUGCGGCUAUUCAAGCUAAGUUGAUUUCUUUGGGCGCUUCUUAAAGGAUGCCUUAGUCUGCGUGUAACCUCAAACACUGCUUUAAGUAUGUGUUUGGGGUAAAUAAAAUGCUGAGCUAAGAGAACAGAUUGCCGCUAUUCAAGCUAAGUUGAUUUCUUUGGGCGCUUCUUAAAGGAUGCCUUAGUCUGCGUGUAACCUCAAACACUGCUUUAAGUAUGUGUUUGGGGUAAAUAAAAUGCUGAGCUAAGAGAACAGAUUGCCGCUAUUAAAGCUAAGUUUAUUUCUUUGGGCGCUAUUUAAUUUCCCUGGUCUGCGUGUAACCUCAAACACUGCUUUAAGUAUGUGUUUAGGGUAAAUAAAAUGCUGAGCUAAGAGAACAGAUUGCCGCUAUUAAAGCUAAGUUUAUUUCUUUGGGCGCUAUUUAAUUUCCCUGGUCUGCGUGUGACCUCAAACACUACUUUGAGUACGUGUUGGGCUAAGAGAAAAGAUUGUGUCUAUUCAAGCUAAGCUGACUUAUUGGGGCGCUAUUUAAUGAAUGCCUUGGUGUGUGUGUAACCUUUAACACUGCUUUGAGUGUGUGUUUCAGGUGGAUAAAAUGAAAGAUGCAAAUGAUUGUAUACAUGCUUGACAAAUAAAGGUUUAAUUUUACUAU